AUUGCAUUUACAGUAACUCUGAUGCCAGCAACUUCCUGUAACGAUUUUCGGAAUCACUACCACUUCUGCGUGCGUACCUUGUUUGGAGACGUUCUUCAGUGUUGAACGUUUCCAUGGUUUCUAUGUGACUGACAACUCAAGAGCGACUUGCGGAGGGUGCGUACUUUUAACAUCCGGCCGAACAUCGCGCCAUGAAUUACGUAGCGCAGAGGACAGACGCUGGAGAGCUGAAGCGGAAUUUCUUCCAUAACAGCAUGGUGGUGCGGGCGCUGUCGCUGCUUUUCCCCGUCAGAGACCGGGAGAAGGUGCGGAUCUGGCUGUCGCGCCUGCACCGGCUGCCGCGCCAGCUGGACACGGCGGCGCUGACGGUGCACGGCCAGUACAUGUGGUUCCUGAAGAAGUGCAUGCAGACCGGCUGCCUCAGGGAGCCCUUCCGCCGGCCUCCGCCGCCCACGGGGCAGCCGCUGCCGCCCCUCCGCUCCGUCGUGCCCAUUGACGUGUACGAGAGCGUGAUCCAGGCGUGCAAGCGCAACGCCAAGGAGCCGGUACUGCCGCCCUACAACCCGGAAGGCACGUGGCCAGCCAACUUCUACUGGGAGCAGCCGCAGCCCGUCAAGGGUGCCGUCUGCUACAUGGCCGUCUUCAGCGACACCUAGACGCAGGCAUGCCUCCCGCUGUCCCGUCUUCCAUACCAAAUUGUAUAGAGAGUCUCACAAAUAAAUCUAAAUCUUCCAAC